AUGUUUUUAUUGAAAAAAUCCUUGAAAUUUGUUCUAAUAUUAACUAUCAUAAAUUUAAGUGUGAUAAAUGCUCUACCCACCACAAAAAGAGACUUUUCGCCUUCCCAAAAUUCGCCACAAAUAUCUUGGAUACAGCAAAUGCGAGUUAUGCGUCAGCUAUUAAAAGCAUGUGAAAAUUCCUCACCACAGCCGAAUGGCACCUCCACUUGGCAGUGUUUAAAAAUGACAAGUUUAAAUAUUGUCGAUGACAUGACAAGACGUCAAAUCAUUCCCUUAUGGCCAGGUAUAAGAUUUGUUAAAACGCCGAAUGUCAAGGAAAAUCAAAUAUCAUCAUUGAGCAUAAAUCAAGAAAAUGAUUUUUUACAACGUAAGGAUUUGCAAUAUUUGACCUGGUUCGAUCGUUUGGCUUUAAGUUUUACCAAAAUGGUAAAUACUCAUAUGUUGGAAAUUAAUUUAAAGGAAUUAACGGAAGCCUAUUUGGAAAAUGUGAGACGAAGAAAAGAUUCCUCUCUAUCUAAUGACACAGAUCCUGUCGGCACAGCCCGUCAUCGAAGACAUCGUUUUAACAUGAUGAUAACCAUGAUGUUUGGGGUAACAGCUCUGGGCGCUGUACUCGUACCCAUGGGUUUUCAAAUGUUAUCCGUAGUUAGUGGCAAAGCGCUGCUUUUAGCUAAAAUGGCUUUACUAUUGGCCUCCAUAAAUGGCCUUAAACGGGUGGCCAAUAGUGGGGUCCACUACGGUCUCUACCAUGUACCUGGGGAGCAUUAUGCUAAUUAUUACGAUCGUGGAGACAUACAUCAUCCAAGAAAUGUACAAAGUAUAGCAGCAGCCAAACCCAUCGAAAUGGGUUUGCCGCUCUAA